AUGUUGGCUAAAAUUUUAUUACUUCUUUUUGUGUUUUCACUUGGAGCUUUUCUUGUUUGUGCUAGAAAUUUACAAAGUGAAAACGAGUCUCUUGCUGCAGCAAAAUAUGGAGUUACUGAUUAUCAAGGUGGAUUAGAUAAUAAUAUUGGUGCUGGUGGAUUUGCUGCUGGUGAGCCAACUGGGCCGGGUCUAGGAGGAUCCAUUAGUGGUGGCGUUAGCGCCGGCGUCGGAGGAAGGUUGGGUAUGGGAGCUGGGCCCAUUAGUGGAGGAGCUGAAGGUCGGGUUGGCGUCGGGAUCGGUGCCGGAGGAGGUGUAGGUGUCGGUGCUGGUGCUGGCGGCAUGGGCGGUGGUACUGCCGGCAGUCCACCUGGCAUUGGAAUAGGCGGCAGCGGCGGGGUUAGUGGUGGAGUAAGUGGAAGCGGCAGAAUUGGCGCUGGCGUAGGCGGCAGUGGCGGUAAUAUUGGUGGCGGAGCAGGCGGUAAUGUUGGCGGCCCAGGUAGUGGAACUGGCGGCGGAUUUGGCGGCCCUGGUAGUGGAGCAGGUGGAGGAUUUGGCGGCCCUGGUAGUGGAACCGGCGGAGGGUACGGCGGUGGAUAUGGCGGCGGAUGGCCAUGA